AUGAAGAUGGGAGGAAAACAGAAAAGACAACAAAAGCUAUGGAAUGUUCCACAGAUUCCUUGCAUUCGAGUCCCUCACUCUGUCUCUGAUACUUCACUGCUGAAGGACCUAACCCAAGGGCAGCAGCGCUACUUUUACAGCAGCAUGAGGAUUUACAAUCCCAGGGCCCAGUGGGUGGCCCUGCAGACCUGCUAUGUUCACGGCCUUCAGCAACAGCAGCUGCUUGGCUAUAUUACUCAACAGGAGGCCCUGGCUUGUGCUGCCUCACUUAGAGAUUCAACCAAAAGAGCCUUAGCCAAGGCAGGUUGUCAUAGAACCAUCUCCCAGAGAGCCUCAGGCAGGAUAAGAACACGGCCCUCAGCACUACCUGUGUUUGUGGUUCCACUCAGGACCCAAAGCACAGGGCUCCGAUCCCUCAGGACCAAGGCUUUGCACAAGCUCUGAACAAGUGGUUCACCCAUACACCCCUGGCAUCUAGUGAGUAUUUAGUGCAUAUUUGUUGAAUAGGAAUGAAUCAAAGAAUAACAUCUAAUACAAACACCAUACCUAGAAAUAAUCUCUCCAAUUCACAUACAUUUUACUAGCAAGAACAAGCUGAGUGGCUUAAGAGCAAUGGGAGCUAAGAGUCAGCAAGCCUCUCAUUCUAUACAGAAUCUGUAGAGUAAAAUGACUUUUGAAGCUUUCAAAGUAAAAGCUUCCUUUGAAUUAGAACAUCCCAGAGAAAUCCCAAGAACAGUGGAAGGGGACAAGUGACCAGAGGAUUCAGGUCCUCUGUCACUGGGUGAACAUAUUUUGCAAGCCCCCUACUGUGCAUAUUGAAAAUACACAAACCAACACAGACGGGACACUGGGCACAUAGGGCUUCUGGACCAUAACAUCUCAGCAGCUACUGGACUGUACCUUCCCAUGGCCUCCUUGCUCUCAACUUGCCCAUCAAACAACAGCAUUAAACUUGGCCCCAAAUCUUCUGGUUCUUGCCUAACUCAGUCACUUUGUGUCCUCUUGAAACUUGGACUUAUCAACCUGCUACAGCUCAGUUCAUUCUACACAGCUGUAAUUGACCUUGACACAGGUAAGAGGAUUCAUGCACACAUCUUCCCCCUGGCAGCUGAAGAUACAUUCUCAGCAGAAGAAGAAAUAGCCCCAAAGAACGGAUCUCAAGUCCAACCUUUCUUUGGCCUUAAUGGUUUUAAGACUACACAAAUAUGCAAAAACCGCAAUUAACAGUGAGUCAGAUCAUCAUACAAAUUAUGUUAGUUACAUCACUAGUGAUUUUUUUGUGUUAAAAAUAAGUAACCAGAGCUCACAGAAAGUCAAAAUUUAAAAAUGCCUUUCUUCAUCUAAUUUCUAAAUGUUCAACCUCUUCUCUCAUUCAAAUCAUACAAUGACUUUGUCGAGACUUUAAAAAGGAGUUGGUUGAGACGGAAUAUUAACUUGCUUGACAAGGAAUAUGCUAACACUGAUCUGAAAGGAAGAUGCUGCAGUAUUACGAGAAGAAAAAAAACCUCAUUGAUGAUUAUUAUCUUCUCUCUGCAACUAUUAACACAGAAGAUGUAAAAGUUCUUAUGAGAUUCUGAAAACUCCCAGUACCGGCUGUGAUAUCUGAUUUACUUUUCUUUGGGAGGGACAAGGGUGCAUGGUUGGCAGGAAGACUUGGGUAAGCCAGUGCUGAUGUUGCUGGGUUCAUUCACUUAAUCAUAAAGAAGCUUCUUGACCUCUGUAAAUCCGGGCCCCAAUUCAUGUACUCUAAGCAGCCCUAUGGUUCUAAGUUAAGAAUUGUUAGGUAGGCUUAAAAGAAGAAAAAAAUCAAAUGAAACUGGGGUGGGCGAUAGCAUAGCCUUCUUAAGGAAUAGAGGUUUGUGGUCGACCUAACUUGGCCUGUAUUAACCUUCACAUUGUUCCCACAAUGGAGCUUUUAUCCUUUUGAACUUCUUGCAUCGCUUUUAUCAUAGACGUUUUUCUUGAUGGGCACAGAUAUUUGCUGUGUAAACCUUAGCUACUGAUGCAGAAUAUCAAGGAGGCCACUUAUAAUUCUGAGCUGCAUCCCUAUAACAAAAAUUUCAGAAGUACCUUGUUUCCAAUAGAGGAUUUUGAAAGCUAAUUGUCAGGUGAAUAUUACAAGGCACAAAAGAACAAAUAAAUCUAAGUUGGUGCAGAAGGUCCCACUUGUUGGAUCUCCCUUCUGAGAAGAUAAUGGCCUACCUCUUGAGCCCCACACCCAAAGCUUAUGAGGAAUAUGAUUGGUUGUGGUGCUGGAAUAAAGGUGCUCACCUGGAAGGAUGCUAAGAAAGAUGAUCAAAGGGAAACAAAGGACAAACUGUGACUCUUAGGAAACUCUACUACUUUGACCUGUUGGAGACUCUAUUGCUUGCCUUCACAAUGUCAGUGGACACCAUCAGUAUUUAAAGUCCUUGAGAUCACUGACUAUUUUCAGUGUAAUUACUAGUACCUAGAACAGCAUCUGGUCUGUGGUAGGUAAUCAAUAAUACUUGUUGAAUAAUUAUAAAAUGUUGAAAGAUUUUGCAAAUCAGACUGGCCUGUGAAUUUGUGCUAUUAUUCUAGGGUCCCAGGAUGCUGCAACUACUAGUGAGGAGUACAAGCAGUUUAUUAAGUGCACAGGAGCAGCUCAUCCAGGUGCCAGCAACAGGGGUGAAUUGUCUGGAAAGGAUUUUAAAACAAUAAUAAAGCUCAUUAAAAAUUGGUCUGC